AUGCAAAAGUUUGACAACUGCGUACUCCUAACGCGCGUUGGCGGCUUUUACGAGCUGUAUUUUGAGCAUGCCGAGGAGUGCGGCCCUCUGCUGAACCUUAAGGUCGCCCAGAAAAAAACGAAUGCUGGGCCAGUUUCCAUGCUGGAUCGAUUCCUCAAGAUCCUGGUACAGGAUCUGAAUCGCUAUGUCGCCAUUGCUGAGGAGUUCCCCAAUAACGCGCCAGAGAAGGUAAAGUCUGGUGGGCUGAUGCACGAUCGCAGGGUUGCUCGUAUCAUCACGCCAGGAACCCUGAUUGACGAGAAUUUCAUGGAUCCCUAUGUCAACAACUACGUUCUGGCAGUCCAUGCGACAUCAACCCAACCUGGGGGAAGGGUAGACGGGGCGGUGGCGGCAUCGGCAGUAGCAGCAGAAGAAGGGGGAGUCCCAGGCUCGUCACAUUCAGCCGCUGGCCGGGACGUGACGCCGGUAACUGGUGACCCAGUCGUACCACCACAGCCCCUGGGCCUUGCCUGGCUGGACUUGUCUACUGGCCAGUUCUACACGCAGACUACCGAUCUCUCGGCGCUGUCAUCGAUCCUCUCAAGGAUAUGCCCCAGAGAAGUCGUGCUCGAAAGCGAGAUCCAAGCCCAAGCCGACCAUGGCUUGCUUUCCAUCCUCGCCGAGGACCGCCACCUGGUCACUUACAGCUCCUUCGGCGAAAUCAGGCAUCUUUCUGAUUGGGCACCCAUGCUCGAGAGCGACAUCCCUCAGGCGACGCGCGAUGCCUUCACCGAGGGUGAGGUGAUGGCCGGUAGCCUGUUGCUGCAUUACGUCAAGGAGCAACUGCUGGGCCUGAGCAUGAAGCUGCAGCCGCCGAUGCGACACGAGAAUAUGCAGAUAAUGAGCAUAGACAAAAACAGCAUGCGCUCGCUGGAGAUUAAGCAGACGAUCCGGGAUGGGAACUUCAGGGGUAGCCUCCUACAUGCGAUUAGACGAACAGUUACCAAAAGUGGUGCCAGACUCCUCAACGAUUGGCUCAGCGCCCCGUCGACAUCACUCGACGUUAUCAAGCUCAGGCAGGACCUCGUCGCCCGCUUCGUUGAGGAGCCGGAUCUGCGCGAUGCCGUUGUCUUGCUACUACGCCGUAGUCAUGACUCUCAGCGGCUUGUUCAGAAGUUCGCCCUAGGAAGAGGGGACCCAGACGACCUGGUGGCCCUGGCCAACACCAUCCACGCCACCGACAGUAUCCAGCAGCUAUUGGCAGAAGCCGCCGAUGAGUCCCAAUGCCUCGCGCACAUGACGGCGCGGCUGAACCUCAAAGGCCCCCUGAGGCUUGCGCGCCGAAUCAAGGAGGCCAUCGACGAGGAGGGCAUCGUCCACCAGCACGAGAUCGAAGAGAGCGAGGCAGGGCAGAUGAUGGCCCUCGCCCAGGAGAUUGUCAGCACACAAGGCACACAAGACGACGCUGCUGUCCUCCCCAAGGGCGCCGCGGCGAAGAAGAAGCGCCCUACUUCGGUCCGAGAGGCAUAUGCCGACGACAACGAGACCUGGAUUAUGAAACCCAAGGCCAGUCCGGUCCUUCGACAACUCCACGCUGACCUCGCCGUGCUGCACGCCGAGAAGGAAACCCUCACGGAGGCCCUCCGUGAUGAGCACGGUGCAACCUCUCUCACGCUCCGCUGGAGCCCAGCCCUCGGCCACUUCUGCCACAUCAAGGGCAAAGACGCGCGUUCCAUCGCGUCCAACAUCAGAGCCCUAAGCUCCAGCAAAUCGACCAGCUCUUUUCAUGCCCCAGAGUGGACGUGCCUCGGCCAGCAGCUCGAGCACGCCCGGCACAGCAUCCGCACCGAGGAGCAGCGCGUGUUCCACGCCCUCCGCGCCGCCGUCGUGCUGAACCUCGUCAAGCUGCGCCGCAACGCCGCCGUUCUCGACGAGCUCGACGUCGCUACCUCCUUCGCCAAGCUCGCUGUCGAGCAAGGGCUCACCCGGCCCCUCCUCAACAACUCGACGGCCCAUACCAUCAUCGGUGGCCGGCACCCGACCGUCGAGGGCGGACUCCGCGAGCGAGGGCGCAACUUUGUCCGCAACGACUGCCUCGUCGGCGGCGGCGGGAGCUCCGCCGGAAGACUGUGGCUCAUCACGGGACCCAACAUGGCGGGCAAGAGCACGUUCCUGCGACAGAACGCGCUCAUCACGAUCCUCGCGCAGGUCGGGUGCUACGUGCCCGCCGACUACGCCGAGCUGGGCGUCGUCGACGCCAUCUUCAGCCGCGUCGGGUCCGCCGACAACCUGUACCGCGACCAGAGCACCUUCAUGGUCGAGAUGAUGGAGACGGCGCAGAUCCUGCGCGGCGCCACGCCGCGGUCGUUUGUCAUCAUGGACGAGAUUGGGAGGGGCACGACGCCCGAGGACGGCACGGCCGUGGCGUACGCGUGCCUGCACCACCUGGUCACGGUCAACCAGUGCCGGACGCUGUUCGCUACGCACUUUCACAAAGUGGCGGACCUCGCCAUCGCAGCGGGACUUGCCCGUGAUGGGACGGGAGGCGUGGAGAUGCAUUGCACGGACGUGGAUGAGGACGAGGACGGGGGUUUCGUCUAUGUUCACAGGUUGCGCAAGGGGGUCAAUCGGCAGAGUCACGCACUCAAGGUCGCGAGAUUGGCGAAUAUGCCAGGGCCGGCAAUCAGUGUUGCGCAAAAGGUUCUUGGUAUUUGA